AUGGUGGCAGCGUCUUGUGGUGACGAGGGAAAGGCCUUCAGCGUGUUGGAGGAGCUCCUCGCCAAGGAGGAAUAUGACAAAGCCUUCAAAACCUCCACACAACUGCCGCUAAGUCUGAAGCAGACAGAGGCCCUUGUAUUCUCAGCCCUGCAGACGGGCAGGUGGGAAUCUGCUCGAGCUGCAAUUCGCAGACUGCGACAGCAGCAGCAGCAAAAGGAGUCUUCCGGCGAGGAUUCUGCUGCUGCUCAUACACCCCCGCCUCUUGCCCUUGAGGAGGCGUACUGCCUUUACCGACUCAACAAACCGCAAAAGGCGCUCCAGCUGCUCGCAGAGCUGCAAAGACAGCCGCAGACGCACAACGCCAUGGCCCUUACCCACCUCCAUGCCCAAGUAGAUUUGCUUGUCUCGAACUAUCUUGCAUCUGCAGCAUGCAUGCUUGAGUCGGAAGCUGCAAUUGACGGCAGCAGCACGAGCAGCAGCAGUCUAUCCUUCCCCCCUGCCGUGGUGGAAGCCUUGAGGGGAAACUGUGGCGGCAGCGACACCUUCGAGCUACCCUUCAACGCAGCGUGUCUGUACAUGCAGCAGAAGAAGAGCGAAGCCGCAGCAGCGCUGCUGCAAAGGGCGUUGGAUCUCUGUGCAGCGGAAGCUGGAGUCUCUCAAAGCGCAGCCUUGCAGCACUUAGAUGAGGGGGAGUUAGCAGGUGUUUGGGUGCAGCAUGGCGUGUUGCAGCAGCAGCAAGGCAACGCUGAAGCGGCAGAGGAGGUGUAUGCUGCUGUGUUGGCAGUUCUCGAGCAGCAGCAGCAGCAACAGCAGCAGCAGGAGAUUGAUGUGGGAGUUGCAGCCGUAGCCGUCACGAAUGCCUACGUCUUGUCGCUUGCACGGAGAGAGCUUCCAGAUAAACAAGAUCUGGAAGGGCUUAUUCGACGAACCACUAAAGGCGCUACUGAAGCGUUAGACCACAAGCUCACCGUGCCGCAGGCCUUGAAAAUCGGCGUAAAUCGGUGUCUUGGAUUGCUGAGAAGCGGACGAAUUGAAGACUGUCGGCGCUUGACAGUGUCUCUUACCUCGCGCUUCGGAGGCUGUGCAUCCCUCCAACGAAUCAAAGCUGCCGUGCAGGUGAGAUGGCCAUUAUAG